CAUUGGUGAACAAAAUGAAAUCCCCGGGGCCAGGACAGUAUUAAUUUGAUGAGUUGUUUUGAUUUUUCGCGUGAAGGAUUUUUGCUUCGGAAGAACAAGAAUGUUUUCGCAUGCACGACGACGAACUUAUAUGGAAUGGCAGUCGUCGGUGUUGUCGCACUCGCACUACUAACUUCUUUUGCAAUUAUACAAAUUUUCCGUAAAAAAACAUUGAAAUUCUCAGCUACGGCAAGAACAUCGGUUUCGAGUCCACCGCACCGAAAUACAGCAUGAAAGCCCGAUACGACAAGAAGUCUACGGGGAUAAGUUUGACGCCCGGCCUAUGAACUGCAAAAGUAUCGUACUCGUAUAAAUGCAUGACAAAUUCCCUCAGCAUGAGGAAUGAAAUUUGUAAUGCGGAUUUACCUUGAGGAAAAAACUUGUAAUGCAUGAGUGCAAUUACUACGACUACGAUACUUUUGCACAGGAUACGGCCCUGGGACAACAUUAGGGACGAUAUCGAGCUUUGGAUAGAGCAAGAACGAUAUCCAGCUUCGGGAUAUUGCCGUGCUGCACUCUUUUUCUUGCUGUUGCUCUUGCCGGUCGUGUCCUCAAACUAGGAAGUAGAAUCCGAACAAAAUGAACACAACUGAGCUGUCGUGCAGCGAUUCAUCAUGUACUUUAGAUGCAGCUUUUUCAAAUGCGCGCUUGAUAUGCUGGAAAUUGUAAAAACCCAACACGUAGUUGCAAGUACUAGGAACGGACUGUAACUGCAUUUUCUGGUGCGUAUAUGCUAGAAAUGAGAGCAGGUGGACAGCAUCUUCGCAGACGAUGAAAUCUAGUACCUCUAAUCUGAACAAUUGAUGAGGCGGCCGCGCCAGAAGUAGAUUGUCUUCGCGCCGCAACGUAAGAUAGAGAAGCACGUUCCGCUAGAAGAUCAC